CCCUGGUUCUGACUCACUAGGCGCCCUGUAUAAAAACAACAAGGCACCGCAAAUUGGACCGAAUCUCAGCCGGCUGUUCGAAGUUUAGGUGAAAUAACUGUGACUCAGACCAAGUGCUCCCCCGCCGAGCUUGACUAACUUUAGUACAAAGUUAAACACAGCGGAAGCAACAGAAAAAUGGCAGAUCCACGCAUCAGACAGCUGGUUAUUAAAACUGGAGUCGUUAAGCGGCUGACCAAAGAGAAGUCAUGCUACCAAAAAGACGUGCUAAUAGAGCAGUCCAGGAUGGAAAAAUUCAGGGGCGAGGGAGCCGAUGACCAUGUACUGCGCAAGCAGGAGGAGGUCAUUCAGGAGUGCAUAAUGAUGGUGCCUGACUCCAAGAGGAGAUUGCAAAAAGAGUAUGAGGUUUUGGAAAAGUACCUCAAUGAUGAGCAGGAUCUCAAGGAGACGGAGGCAUAUACCAAGGGCGCAGAGAUCUUGAAAGCCGCCAAAGUGGAACUGGAUGUCUAAAUGAUUCCAUUUUUUCUCUAUUUUAUAUUCGCAAUAACUGAAAAUUCCUGAAGGCAAAAGCAAAACAGAAAUUUCUGAGCUGCAGCGGCCUUAACCUCCUAAGUAUUAAUGAAUUUAAUACCCAAUAAUCUUGUUUUGAUACAAAAUAAAUAAAACUAAUCUAACAACUGAAAAAUCAGCUGUUGGCUUGCAA